AAUGUCAAAGUGGUUUAUGGAAUUGUUAAAGUUAAAUUGGAAAAUAAAAUAAUUGUAAAAAGAACUCAUCGACAGUUAGUUUAUUAUAACCUACAAACUUCUAAAAUGUCUGAAGAAACAAAUUCAAACAAAACAAUUAAAACCGAACCGAUUGAUGAUUAUCCUCAAGUGAAACAGGAAUUUGAUGAUUAUGAAAAUACGUCAGAUUUGUGUACGUAUAAUGAUGAUAUAUGUCUACAGCAAUUUCUAAAAUCUGAAGUUACAAUUGACGAGGAAAUAAAACAAGAGACGAUUGAUGACCAAGAUGCUUUGGAUAAUACAAACGAAAGAGUUUUAGAUGAAAAACCUUACAUAUGUAACGAAGAGAUCAGUAAUUCAAGUACUUUAGUGGAUAGCACGAACAAAUCAAUUAAAAAAGUUUCAAGAAAGUGCAAGACAACCAAUAAUUUGAAAAGCUUUAGAUGUGAAUUUUGUAAUAAAACAUUAACAACAAAAUUUAGCUUAAACCAACAUGAAAGGAUCCAUACUGGAGAACGUCCUUAUGAGUGCAAAAUAUGCAAUCAAAGAUUUUUACAGAUAAGUCAUUUGAGAGAUCAUUCAGUAGUACAUACUGGAGAACGCGCUUAUAAUUGUAAAAUAUGCAAUAAAACAUUCUCAAACGCAGGUAAUUUGAAAACACAUUUUUUGGUGCAUACUGAAGAACGCGCUUUUAAUUGUGAAAUAUGCAAUAAAAAAUUCAAAACAAAGCCAAACCUAAAACAACACAAAAUAACCCAUACCGGAGAACGACCUUAUGAAUGUGAAAUAUGCAAUAGAGCAUUCUCAAGAAAAUAUUCAUUAACACAACAUAAAAGAGUACAUGCUGUAGAAGGAAACAGUCAACAAAACUUUUGA